GUCACGUGCGCGGGGGGGGGCGUGCUCUGUGAUUGGCUGGAAUGGAGUCACGAGACUGGGAAGGGAAGAGGAGAGAAACAGAUUGAGUAUCGCUGUGUGAGUCUGCGGUCCGGCAAAAUGAGUGAGUCUUUAGUUGUGUGUGAGGUGGAUGGAGACCUAGUGAAGAAGCUGAGGGAUUUCCGCUUCAGGAAAGAGACCAGCAACGCCGCCAUCAUCAUGAAGAUUGAUAAAGAUCGACAGCUGGUGGUCUUGGAUGAGGAAUAUGAAGACAUUUCUCCUGAUGAGCUGAAGGACGAAUUGCCGGAGAGACAGCCUAGAUUUGUAGUGUACAGUUAUAAAUAUCAACAUGAUGAUGGACGAGUGUCGUAUCCCCUCUGCUUUAUUUUCUCCAGCCCAGUCGGCUGUAAACCCGAGCAGCAGAUGAUGUAUGCUGGAAGCAAAAACAAACUGGUGCAGACGGUGGAACUCACCAAGGUGUUUGAGAUCAGGAACACAGAGGAUCUGACAGAGGAGUGGCUGAGGGAGAAACUCGGCUUCUUCCGUUAAACUAAUCGUCCAAUCACAGCAACACAACGCUAUGUGACGCCUCAAAGAGGAAACCAUCAUCCAUUUAACACUAACCUUUGUGUGUGUGUGUGUGUGUGUGUGUGUGUGUGUGUGUGUGUGUGUGUGUGUGUUUAAAGAAUGCUACACAGAUAACAGAAGCUGACUCUGACCAGACAUCCACAUGUCACAGUAACGCUGUUAUAAUUUCAUAAAUCUUUCAUUUGUAAAAAAAAUAAUAAUAAUAAUAAUAAUUUUGUUGGGGAAAAGUUUUAGGAAAAUUAAACCCGGCGUCCAGACUUAAACAGAGUGGUCAACAAACACACACACACUGGUGUAGGUGUGUUAGUCACACGUCUCUCAACAUCACUAACCACACUGAAGACCUAGGGCUGUGUCCCAAACAUCAGUGUUUACUAAACUAGUGGUCAUUACCCUCACAGACCCCUGACCUGCACACUGACACACACCCAAAUCAGCUCCGGAGUCUCUGCUGACAGGGCAGUGCACUCUGGGUAAAACAAGCACACAAUACACACCGUGUGUACUCCCAACAGCAGCUAACAAACAUCGAGUAAGAAUGCUUCAGUUUGGGACACAGCCAAAAUGGCCGACAGUGUAGUAAGAACACUAAGUAGUGGUGAUUGCUGGCAUUUGGAACAGAGCCUCUGGUAGAUUUCCACUCAGUAAAAAAAAAAAGUGUGUGUGCGUGAAUGCUUUCAGCCAAUCAGAACACACGAUUCUGCUCUACAUUAUGGACACUUAACACGAGUGAACAUCUGAGAUGUUAGGGAUUAGUCAACGUCUCAGAAAUAAGGACACUAAAAACGCUGGGAAACACUUGAG